AUGCCUCCGUUGCUGCGUGUUUCUAGAAGUAUCAGCUGCUCUCGCCUUUUCCUUCCAUCCUCGGCUCAACCUCCUCCUGCCAGGCGUGCUGCUGGCGAGUGCCGCCGCAGGUCGCCGCGUGUGCAUCAGGUGUACCUGUCCCUCAUGCCGUGUUGCCUUUUGUCGCAGCCAUCGUCCUCCCACAUCAGCGCCAUGGAUGCAUCAUCUGGUGCAGCAUCAGCAGCAGCCGGCAUCGCCUCCUUCCCACCGCAAGAGGCUGCAGCCAUGCAGCCCAGCGCCAUGCAGCCCAGCGCCAUGCAGCCCAGCGCCAUGCCUCCUGCCUACCACUUCCUCUACUCGCAACUAGCCGCUGCCGCUGCCGCCCAGCAAGGCGGCGCAGCCCCAUCAGCAGCUCCAUCAGCCACAGCUGCCACGCCCAGCGCCUGCCACGUGUCGCCCUCGCACGCCGUGCACGCGCCUCACUUCCCCUCCAACGCGCUCGCUACCGACGGCCUCCCGCGCUUCGACUUCACCCCGCCGCCCAACGUGCCUUCGGCCCCAGCGCCCCAGCCCACAGCCACGCGCCCACAGGGGACUGCUGCCUUCCAUGCCUCCUCCUCGCAGCACGCAGCACGCCAGGCGCCGGACGGCGGCAGCGAGCGGAGCGGCAGCACGGGUGCAGGCCACGAGCCUGCGCUGGCGCGGCGCACCACCACAAGCCUGUCCCUCGCCGCCGGCUUGGACCUGCCCUCGCCUGCUGGAGUAGCACCUGGGCCCAGCGGCGAGUGGCGGCAGGCGGAGAUGGCUCAGGGGGAGGCAUUUGUUGGCGUGCAAGGCAAUGCAAACUCCGCUUACCUCACAGAUCUGCUGCAGCAGGCGCAGGCGCAGCUGGCGGACCUGGACCAAUCGGCGGGCGCCAACCUGCGCCUGCUGGGCCUCACCCUGCCCUCCGCGCAUUCCUCCCUGCCGGACCAACUCCCCCCCCCAACACCGCCCCCCUCUGCUCCUUUCCACGCCCAAGCUUCAGCCCAGCAACAGCAGCAGCAGGCGUCGCCCCAGUCGCCCCAGCUGCCGCUGCAGGUGUUGAUGCAGCUGCACGGUCUCAUGCACGGCCCUGCCGCCUCUGCCCACCCCUCCGCCGGCCCACUUUCUGCCCAGCAGCAGUCCCCAGCGCAGGUAGCGCAGGCGCUGGCUCUGGCGCUGGGGGCAGGCGGAGAGGGGGACCUUCAGGCGCAGGGCGGCAUGCAUGGGGGACUGGAGCUGGGCGCGGGCAUGAUGGGGGGAAGCAGCUCUGCGCCUGGCACUGGCGCUGGGACAGGGGGGGGCAAUGAAGGCCUGAUGGGGUCGGGCAUGGUUGGCAUGGACGGUGGGGUGGGCAGCAGUGCAGGGGGGGGAGUCAGCAGCCACAUGCGGCAGGGGCUGCUGGGGGGCGCAGCAAGCAGUGGCGGGGCAGUGGGGGGGGGACGGGGGAUGGGAGGGUUUGGGGGAAUGGGUGAGGGGGUGGGGAGUGGCGGGUGUGGGCAGGGCGAGGCGCAGCUGUUCCCCCAGCAGUGGAUGGCGGGAGGGGGCGUGCACACACCCAUGGCAGCGGUGCAAGGGGGGGCGGCACGCAGCAACGGUGGCGUGGUAAGUCACUCACCCCACACCACACAUACACACCUCACAUACACCCCUCCCUCCCCACCCCCCUCCACACACCCCGCACAUACACCCCGUUCAUACACCUUGUCCUUCUGCUCCUGCACCCUUCCCCCCCCCCCUCCUCCCCCGUUCUCUCCCUCUCACCCCACCCCUCCACUUUUCCUUCAUCUCCACUUCUUCCUUCUUCCUCCGCUUUUCCUUCUUCCGCUGCUUUUCCUUCUUCCCCUUGCAUUUCCCUCGUCCUCUGUUUGUCCUCUGUCCUCCGCUUUUCCUUGUUCCUCCAAUUCUCCUUCUUCCUCUGCCUUCCGCUCUUCCUCUGCUUUUCCUUAUUCCUCUCAUCCACCCCGUGUCCCCCCCACCCGCUCUCAGUCCCCAUCAUCCGCCCUCUCACCCCAGUCCGCCCCACCGUCCUCCGCGCCCCUCCUCUCGCCGCAUGCGCCUCUGAUCAGCCCAAGGCGCGCGCAGCAUCGGUCGCUGGGGGCGCCUGGCGCAGCAGGCGCAGGGGGCGAGGCGGGUGGGGGGGUGCUGGGCAGGAGGGAAGCGGGCAUGGGGGGCGCGGGUGUGGGCGGGGGGGCGGGGGGGAAGCGGCGGCUGGUGGAGGCGGCGGAUGGCGUGCUCUGCAAGGUGCGCGCCAAGCGCGGCCAGGCCACCCACCCGCGCUCCAUCGCUGAACGGGUGCGGCGAUCGCGCAUCAGCGACAAGAUGAAGCUCCUGGCCGACCUCAUUCCCGGCAUGGACCGCCAGGUGAAUGCGGCGGACAUGUUGGAGGAUGCCAUUGAGUAUGUGCGCCACCUGCAGCGGCAGAUCGAGGUGGUGCGCGCGCAGCACCCCGACGUGCACAUCCAGCCCUUCGUGAGCCGCCUGGACAGCCAGCAGGGCGCGGGCAGGGUGGACGAGGCCGGGGCGGAGGCCACGGACUGGGAUCCAGGGGCGCGAGGGGAUGGGGAGGGUGAAGAGGAGGAGAGAGGAAUUGUGAGGAACGGGGACGGUCCAUCUGCAAGAGGGGGAGCAGGGGUUGAGGGUCGAAUGGAUGAUGGUGGAUUGGAGGCUGUUAAGGAUGAGCAUAUGGGUCAAGACGCAAGGGACAGUAGAGAGAGAUUAAGUGGGAGGGACAAUGGUUUGGCCCUUUGUACAGAUGCAAGUGACAAUAUCCACGCUGUGCCGCGCGAUAGACUAACCCUCUCCUUUUCACAGUUGUAG